GCCUAUACAUGUACUUGUUUCCAACAAUUAUCAAUCAAACGACUAUUUUGCAAUAACAGAAAUCCCCUCAGUUCAGUUCGCUUAAAGCUACAACAAGGUGUGCAAAUAAUCUCCAGCAAAGGCAAACUCCAGAGCUACGAAAUGGCACUUACCGACUUGAAAAUUCGCACCAAGGAUGGUGAAAUUUUGGAGACACGCGACAAACUAUUUGAGAAAGCUCCCAUAGUUCGUGAAGCAAAAACGUUUGCUGAUGAGGAAGGCUGUAUAUCGUUAAAUAAAAUAACAUCAAACAUUUUACGUCGCAUUAUCAUAUGGGCAGAAAAAUGUGAUGACGAGUCUUAUGGAUUAGUCACUGGGGAUAUUGAGAAAUGGAAGGAGAACUUCUUAAAUAUUGACAAUGAGACAUUAUUCCAAAUGAUUAGCGCCGCCGAUGAGUUGCAACAACGGGAUCUUGUUAAUAGAGCUACGGAUAAAGUGGCCAACGAAAUCAAUGGAAUGUCAGCACCGGAAAUAGCAAAAUAUUUCAAUCUGCGCUCGAAAAAUGUACAUAUUUGAUUCUUGCUUGUGCUUUGUAAAAGUUUUUGCGAACUCAAUGCCAUUUUAAAUAA